CAUUUUGUUUGAAGCAAAUUUCUGAUCGAUUCGAAGAGGAUUACAGUUUGGAAUCGAUUAGUGUUGUUGGUGUUGGUCGUGUUGAUUGGAGUGACCGAAUUUUGCAGCUGGAUAAAUAAUUUAUUUGUUUGUAGUAAAAUCUAUGAAGUGAGGACGAUAAACGCGACAUUCGCUGAUUUUUCAUGUUUUUUUUCAAGAAUCGACGAUUCGAUGAAUUGUUCAGAACCAACGCUCAACAAUGGCACUCAAUCCAAGAAUUCCUCUGCCCUUGGAACCCAUAAGAUCUAGUGCUCUAGAAGACAGGAGAUUGUGGGUGGGUAAUCUAGACCUGAGAAUAAAUGAGUUCCAACUUCUCAAAAUCGUUCAAACAUACGGCGAAAUCGAAAAGUUUGAUCUGCUGUUCCAUCGGUCUGGACCUCAAGCUGGCCAGCCAAGGGGAUAUGCAUUUGUUACGUAUACUACAGUAGAAGCUGCUGUAAAAGCGAAGAAUGCAUUGAAUAAUGCAAAGCUUGGGUCUAAAAAUGCUGUGGUACGAUGGGCACACACUGUCUCCGAAAGUGAAAUGGAUAAGGCAAAACCCAAGAUCGAUAUCCCAGCACUGGCCGGAGCUAAAAAAGGAGAUGCUAAAAUUAGUCGAGAAACAACGAUUCAAGCGAUUGAAGCGAAGCUGAAAGUAAUGAACGAAGUUGAAGAAGAGUUUGAAUUAAAUAAACCCCUGGAAGGUACUCCUAUAAUCCAUCAGUAUCAGAAGCCAGAAGUCCAAAAACCCUCGUCGUCUAGUCGUCACCAUUCUUACCAUCAUCAUCACCGACAUCACCAUAACCGUCCAUACUCUCGAACAAGAUCGAGGAGAUAAUACCAGUGUUCCAUAUUUUUUGAAGAUUUUUGACGAUUUUGUAAAAAUAUAAGAGCGAUAAAUAAGUUUCAGAUAAAUUCAGUGUACGUAUUCGUCUUCGUGUGUAGAAAUCAUAAUUAUUGAAGAGAUCAAGACUUGAUGACCUACCCCAAUAGAAUAUUCAAUAAUUGCCUAAAGAGAUGUUGAUGUUUGAUCAUUCAAUGUACAAUUAUUUAUUUAACUCAAGUGUAUUUUCAUAAACUCUGGAGGUAUUUACUCAUACCAAUAAUUUUUGAAUGACGAUAAUACAAGUCUGAAUUGAA